UGUUUGAUGAGGUGAACUUUUACGAAGCCGGAAGUACAAAAGAGCGAUUCUCUUGCCUCAUCUGGAAAUUCCUGCAAAACAGCUAUGGCUUCCUCCUGCUCGUUGGUGUGUUGUGGAGAGGAGAGGGACACCGAUAAAGCUGUUAUUGUCCAAUUUUCAAAUGGCAGCAUCACAAAUGCAGACAAACUGGAUUUCAGGAUGUACAAGAAUACAGAUGAGAGUAAUCCCAGGAAAAAGAAUCGGCGGAUUUUGGUUGCUGAAUCGGACAGACUGUCUUAUGUUGGAAGUAAUUUUGGACCAAGUUCCUUGAAAUGCAACAACCUUUGCAACUAUUAUGUAGGAGUGUUGAACAAGCAGACCAUGCAAAUGGAGGUGCACAGUGCUCAACUUUUCAACAUGCAACCUGUUAUACCAGGAGAAACAACAGAGACCACAGAUCCCCAGGACGCAACGCAGACCUACAGAGACAAGGUUGACUCUUUGAUUGAGGCAUUUGGCACCAACAAACAGAAGAGAGCUCUGACCUCCCGCAGGCUGAAUCAGGUGGGCAGUGAUACCCUGCAUCAAGCUGUGGCUAAGGCUGCCAACACUGUGAUUGACCAGAAGGGUCUGGAAGCUCUACAACAGGAAGUGGCUGAGACCGAGUCCCAGGGGGACCUGGCUCUCCACCUGCCUCCCUGCCAUGCAGAUGCUGACAAACCUGAAAACGUCUACCUAUUUGACGAUCUCCUGAGUCCAGCAGAGUUUGGGGCUUUAGAGCAGGCUGGUUCCAAGAUGGCAGCACUCACCUCUGAGGAGCUGCAGAAGAUGAGAGAUGAUGGAGGGUGCCUCUGUGUUAUGAAGCUCCUAGAGAGUAUUCCAACUGUGGGUGAAGAGAUGAGAGAUAAAACGUCACGCUGUGCCUUUUACCUUUCACUGCUACUCAAACUGGCACGACAGAAAAGCAUCACCCGCAAGUUUGGGCAGGAGGAAGGCUGUCCUCGCAUCAUUCAGAGCAAACUGUUCAGAACAUUCACUGUGGACACUUUCAACAAUGGCAGGGUCCAGAACAUGGUGUCUUCAUCAAUGCGUGCUAAAUUAGCUGCACACUCCCUGGCCCUGCUUCUGCAUGUGAGUCACAUGACUGCUAACCUCACACUACUGCACCGUGACCUGGGAAUCACUGAGGCCAGGAUGACUGAAGUAGCCAAGUCAAUGGGACUGACUCUAAUUAGACCUCUAAGGGGGAAGGCUGUCGAGGCUGGAGUGCAAGACGAACACAGACUGGCCUCUCUCGUUCUCCCGCUGGUCAAAUACGAUCAGUUCAUUGAGCGACGGAAACGCAAGAAAAUGCACUGAAGAAAAAGAUGAGAGAAGACGAGAACUGGAUAGUGACGGGAGGUCUAUGAGAAUGCCACAAACAAGAGCUGUUUAUUAAUGCAUUUUGUACACAAAUAAAGCAGUGAACUUUUGAGUUGUA